CUUCUCUCUCUAGCUAGCUUACAAUACUCCAUUAAUGGGAGCUCAAAGUGUACAAUGUAAUGGUGAGGAGAGUCCUAAUGAGAAUGAGAGGGCUUGGACAUUAGCCUAAAAAGUCCCGUGGUUUUCUCCCUUUCCGGGUUUCCACGUAAAAAUAGUUUAUUCAUACACAUUUAUACAUAUAUUUACUAUAUCGUGUUGGAUUAAACUCAACACUAGCGCCGUCUGUGGGAAUCUGUCCAAAAAGAUCCAUGUGUUUCUACACAAAAUCAAUACAGAAAUGGACUGAUUUCAACAAAAAAAAAAAAAGAACGAAGAAAAAGUAUUCUGGAAAGCAAAAGGAAGAAGGAAGAAAAAAUGGAAGAAUCUAGGUUUUCUCCCAGAUCUAAGCUGGAAGCAUCUGUCACCUCCUGCUGCCGUGUAUCGUCUGGAGCUGGCUGUUCCGCCGGAGUUCGCCGAAUGCGGUAGAAGUCCACCACGACGCCCCAGGUUUUGUUACAGCACCGCCGCCGCCGGCGGCGGCCGGAGCGCUCACCGCUUCCUUAGGACUCGCCCGACGCCGCACUCAUCACUGGCAGCUCCCAGGUCCAUUUAAACCAAACCCCACGAACCUAGUAGCUCUUGGCUAUCUGCAGGGACGGAAUAGCACUCAGGGAAGAUGGCGGGGGAAGAAAAUCGGACCCUGACAGCCCACUCCUCCGCCGCAGACGCUCUGCUUCUUCGCCGGUCGCCGGUCCCAGCUCGCCUCUCUGCUACCGCUGCUGCGCUGCGGCACCCUCGCCUGACGCCGACACUCUCUCCGCCGCAGCUCGACCUCCAGCCAGGUGCCGGUACCUCCGUCGUCGUUUGGCCUUGGGUUGGUGAGCCGGAGUUUCAGCUGGCUUCUCGGAUAAUACGGAGUACUGAUAUUGCUCGGAGGCCUUGGUCCUCAGGAGGCCACGUGAAGGGAAGUGAAUGGUGGCUUGGACGUACGUCAACUUUGUUUGGGAUUUAAAAGUGGCUGAAUAAUUGGACUUUCUGGUUCUUGGCCAUUUUUCUUGGAGAGAUUUUGACCAAGUCAAUUGGGGAAAGGGGCUUGAUCUCAAUGCACCGGGAACUAUCUGGCCGAAUCUAUAACUCAAAAAGCUAAGUACCCAUCCUUUAAGUUGAUACAUUCGAUUAUUAUUACGGAGUAGUUGAAACUAUUAGUAAUGCUAAGUAUUUUUAUCACCAUUAUUUAAUAGGGGGCAAAUGCCCCAAAAUUAAAUAAUGUCGAGCAAAGCUCAAAUGAGUAAAGCUCUAGUGAUAAUUAGUUUCACCGUCAUUUAAAUUUAAUGACUGGUUGUUGUGUGCCUGUUGGCCCGCUCCUGAUCGGCUUUAAUUAGCGAAUGGAGUAUACUUGAAUGGCCUUUGAUAGGGAAGUAUCAUUGCUAUUACCGGUUAUAUCCCUAUUAUUUAUUAGGGAUAAAAUGUCCCGAAUUAAAUAAUGUGGAGCGAAGCUCUGGUGAUGGUUGGUUCAACCAACAUUUUAUUGAAUAUUUAAUUUCUUGUGGGCCUGUUGGCCCACUCUCGAUCAGCUUGAUUUGCGAUCUGAGCGUCUCCAGAGGGUAGUGCCCCGAUGACGCGUUUUAAUUUGGGGGGUUACGCAUUAGUCCGCACGACACCGAGUGCUCGAGCGACGAUCGUACCCUGGUACCAUCUACGCCAUCAGGCGCAGAGUGACUAUUGCUAACGCGGUCUGUGGGGCCCGAAGGCACAAAAGCACUCAACCUCGUUUUUCCGAGGGCAGUGCGACCGACUUGGGUCUGAGUUUGAAAACUCACAGACCGAUGAAUAUCUCUACGUGACGUUCGGCGGGCUGCUAAUUGGCCCCGCCGCGAGCUGCUACGUCCCUUAACCCCGUACGAUGAGCCGGGCCGAGGGUCACGACGACCCAUAGGCCGGUAAUCAUGGAUGUUAAAGAGAAGCCAAACAGAUGGCUAUGUGUGUAUAUAUAUUGUCGGGCCGUGCGGCCCGUUACCAUGCUUAUUGCGCAGCCGAAGCCGCUCGACGCGCUUGAGCGAAAUGAUUAGAAGACGCUCGGCCCGAGUCUUGAAGACGUGCAGGGCCGGCUAAAGAGGAGACCAUCACGGCUGAGGACCGUGAGACGAGCAUCUCCACCUAGAGGCCGAGGGCCUAGAGGAGACCACCACGGUUGAGAACCGUGGGACGGGCAUCUCCACCCCAGAGACCGAUGGCCUAGGGAGAACACCUAGAGGCCGAGGAUCUAGAGGCGAAUGCCAUGACAGAGAACCGUGAGACGAUCAUCCAUCAUUCAGAGGCCGAGGGCCUAGAGGAGACCAUCACGGCCGAGGGCCGUGAGACCAUCCUGAUUUUUAGGUCGGCCUCUCAUCGCCGACAUCAUCAUGCCACGACCGGCCUAUCGGCACGGCGUGCCUAUCUUUUGAAGACCGGCCUCGUCCCCACACCUCGCGGACGAGGACCGUUGCUUGGUUCUUUCAGGUCGGCUUAUCAUUGCCGACACCAUUAUAUCACGACCGGCCUCCCGGCUCAGCGUGCUUUCCAUAUUUGAAGACCGGCCUCAUCCCCGCUCCUCGCGGAUGAGGGCCGUUGCUGGAUUCUUUCAGAUCGGCCUCUCUUUGCCGGCACUGUCAUAUCAUGUUCGGCCCCUCGGCCCGGCGUGAUUAUCAUCUUUGAAGACCGGCCUCAUCCCCACAUUGCGCGGGUGAGGACCGUUGCUGGAUUUCAGGUCGGCCUGUCAUUGCCGAUGUCAUUAUAUAUCACGACCGGCCUCUCGGCCCGACGUGAUUAUCAUAUUUGAAGACCGGCCUCGUCCCCGCCCUCGCGGACGAGGGCCGUUGCUUGAUUCUUUCAGAUCGGCCUCUCUUUGCCGGCACUGUCAUGUCAUGUUCGGCCCCCCGGCCCGGCGUGAUUAUCAUCUUUGAAGACCGGCCUCGUCCCCGCCCUCGCGGACGAGGACCGUUGCUUGAUUUUCUCAGAUCGGCCGCUCAUUGCCGACACCAUUAUACCACGACCGGCCUCUCGGCACGGCGUGUUUAUCUUUUGAAGACCGGCCUCACCCCCGCUCCUCGCGGAUGAGGACCGUUGCGUGCUCACUCUCAGGUCGGCCUCUCAUUGUCGAUGUCAUUAUGUCACGACCGGCCUCUCGGCACGGCGUGUUUAUCUUUUGAAAACCGGCCUCGUCCCCGCGCUGCGCGAAUGAGGACCGUUGCCUGAUUUUAGGUCGGCUUUUCAUUGCCGACAUCAUCAUAUCACGACCGGCCUCUCGGCAUGGCGUGAUUAUCAUAUUCGAAGACCAGCCUCGUCCCCGCCCCUCGCGGACGAGGGCCGUUGCUUGAUUCUUUCAGGUCGGCCUCUCACUGCCGACACUAUCAUGUUAUGGUCGGCCUCUCGGCACGACAUAUUUAUCUUUUGAAGACCGGUUUCAUCCCCGCGCUGCGUUGGAUGAGAGCCGUUGCACGGAUAUAUCGGCCUGACCGGACACUAUUGCCAUCUCCUCAUCAGGACCGACUGCUCAGCGACAUUAUGAUCAUUGUUUGUCGGAUCCCAAUGCCGACCCUCUUGAGUUUGCGAUCGGGCUCACGACUCCCCUCCAGGUAGGGCUGAGCAAAACCCGAUCCGACCCGAAAAACCCGAUAUUUUUUUCGGAUAUUAUCCGAACCGAAGUGGAUAUCCGACCCGAAAAACUCGAAACCGAAAAUCCGAUUAGUAUUGGGCCUAGACCGGGUGGCGGGUAGGGUUUGUGAAAUCCCAACCCGACCCGCCCGAAUAUCCGAAAUAUAUGUUAGUGUGUACUUUGAAUAUUUAAAUUAAUACUUGUGUUCAAUUAUCUAUGCAAUUAUUUGUGCAAUUUGUAUUAAAUUAUUUGUGUAAAUUGAAUGUGUAGUGAACUAGUGUGUACAAUUUUUGUUAAAGUGGCAUUCCAACACUUUAACUAUCUAAUUAUAAUGUAUUUUGAUAUAACCAAAAUAUCUGAAAUAUAUUAAAUUAUGUAGUAUGUACUUUGAAUAUGUUAAAUUAAUACUUGUGUUCAAUUAUUUGUGUAAUUAUUUGUGCAAUUUGUGUUAAAUUAUUUGUGUAAUUUGGAAGUUUAGUGCACUAGUGUGUACAAUUUUUGUCAAAGUGGCACUUAAACACUUUAAUUAUCUAAUUAUAAUUUUUUAAUAUAACCGAAAUAUCCGAAACCCGACCCGAUAUCCGAUAAUAUCCGACUUAAAAAUAUCCGAAAUACCCGAUUUGAAAUAUCAAAGGGUCGGGCCUAGUAUUUAAAUUAAAAAACCCGAACGGGUUUGGGGUUCGCAAACCCGACCCGCCCGAACCCGACCCGUGCACACCCCUACCUCCAGGAGGGUGACCAUCGCCUUCGCAUGACGACCAGCUAUUCUAUCGCCUCGUCAUUAUAUUCGUUCGCUAUGCCACCACCAUUAUGUGUGACAUCCCGUGAUCCCUGCGAGUUUCUUGGAUACCGAAUGUCUUCUUCGAUGUAGGAAGAUCGGUAGGACCACGGACCAGGGACGGACAAAGAAGAGCUAGGGAAUCUCGAUGUAGAUAAACCUGUUCCUCCUUGCGAGUUUCGCGGAUACCGAACGUCUCUUCGAAGCAAGAGCGCCGGUAGGACCAAGAACCAAGGACGAACGAAGAAUAUAGAUUGCCUCCCUCAAAAAAAAAAAAAAAAAAAAAAGAUGGGGAGAAGAGGAGGGUAGCUCCUAUGUGGAAGGGAAUCUUGCCCGGGCGUGCCAGAUCUUCUCCCACCGCCGAAGAUGAACGCCUCUCGAUGUAGAGGUUAGUAGAGACGCGGAGGGGGCUAGACGAACCAAGGGAGCUUUGCCAAGAUAAACCUGUUUAUCCCACAAUGACCAUGGAUCGAUGGACGUGGGAUAACAAAGCCGGGAACCCGCGAGGGUAAACCAGUUCGUCCCUGCGAGUUCCUUGGGUACCGGACGUCUUCUUCGAAGCAAGAGACGCCGGUAAGACUAAAAGGACCACGGACGAACGAAAAAGGGGGAAUCUCGAUGUAGAUAAACCUGUUCCUCUUUGCGAGUUUCGAGGAUACCGGACGUAUCUUCGAAGUAAGGACGCCGGUAGGACCAAGAACCAAGGACGAACGAAGACUAAAAGACUCCAAAAAAAAAAAAAAAAAAAAAGAUGCCAGAAGAGCACGGAGCAAAGAAUGAUUUUAUCCCUCGGCGCUAUUGGCCGGGAAGUACAAACUGAAAAACAUAUGUAAAGAAUAAUUACAAAACUUAAGUACGAAAAAUGAAGUGGCCGACGAUGAUCGGCUAACAUCAGGCUUUCUUUUGCCUUGGACGACGAAUACCAGCUCCCCAGAUCAGACAGAGGGACGACGCCCAGGUCCACCUUUCCUCCCAGGAUGAAGUCCUGACAGACGAUCGGCUUCUCAUAGCCAGCCAAGACGGACCGCGCCUGGUUUCACAGAUCGGCUCGCCCAUUCCCUCCAGGAUGGCGACGGCCGUCUUAUGCAGUACGAUCGGCCCCUCAGCGCCAUCAUACCCAGCUCACGUUCAGCUCGUCCAUCCCUUCCAGGGUGGCGACGAACGUCUUAUGCAUCACGAUUGGCCCCUCAGCGCCAUCGUGUCCGGAUUCACGGUUCGGCUCGCCCAUUCCCUCCAGGAUGGCGACGACCGUCUUAUGCAGUACGAUCGGCCCCUCAGCGCCAUCGUACCCAGCUCACGUUCAGCUCGUCCAUCCCUUCCAGGGUGGCGACGAAUGUCUUAUGCAUCACGAUCGCCCCUCAGCGCCAUCGUGUCCGGACUCACGGUUCGGCUCGCCCAUUCCCUCCAGGAUGGCGACGACCGUCUUAUGCAGUACGAUCGGCCCCUCAGCGCCAUCGUACCCAGCUCACGUUCAGCUCGUCCAUCCCUUCCAGGGUGGCGACGAACGUCUUAUUCAUCACGAUCGGCCCUUCAGCGCCAUCAUGUCCAGAUUCACGGUUCGGCUCGCCCAUUCCCUCCAGGAUGGCGACGACCGUCUUAUGCAGUACGAUCGGCCCCUCAGCGCCAUCGUAUUCAGCUCACGUUCAGCUCGUCCAUCCCUUCCAGGAUGGCGACGAACGUCUCUUAUGCAGCACGAUCAGCGCCCCAGCGCCAUCGUGCCUGGCUCACGUUAGGGUCGCCCAUCCCUUUCAGGAUGGCGACGAACGUCUCUUAUGCAGCACGAUCAGCGCCCCAGCGCCAUCGUGUCUGGCUCACGUUAGGGUCGCCCAUCCCUUCCAGGAUGGCGACGAACGUCUCUUAUGCAGCACGAUCAGCGCCCCCAGCGCCAUCGUGUCUGGCUCACGUUAGGGUCGCCCAUCCCUUCCAGGAUGGCGACGAACGUCUCUUAUGCAGCACGAUCAGCGCCCCAGUGCCAUCGUGUCUGGCUCACGUUAGGGUCGCCCAUCCGUUCCAGGAUGGCGACGAACGUCUCUUAUGCAGCACGAUCAGCGCCCCAGCGCCAUCGUGUCUGGCUCACGUUAAGGUCGCCCAUUCCUUCCAGGAUGGCGACGAACGUCUCUUAUGCAGCACGAUCAGCGCCCCAGCGCCAUCGUGUCUGGCUCACGUUAGGGUCGCCCAUCCAUUUCAGGAUGACGACGAACGUCUCUUAUGCAGCACGUCUGCCUCUCGGCGCUGACAUGCCCGGUUUAUCGAUGAGAGCCACCGCUUUCUAUCACAUCUCACAUUCCUUCUCUCAUACAUUGCACCCAUACAUUACAUGCAUUCAUGCAUCAUACCUCAUACAUUCAUACAUACACACGUGCAUCAUGUUUUGACAGUACCGCGACGUCGGUUUAUAGAUGCAUGGACCUCUAAGCUUCUCCGAUUGGAAAGCUCGAGUCAGAGUCCUUUACUCCCGCCUGAUGCAGUCAGGGGGAGUGUGCCCAUGGAGGAGCACCCUUCGCCCGACCCCGUUGGGAAGGGGGGUGCCUCACCGGCAGAUUACGUUCAGGAGUACAGACACUCACUCGUAUAUUAUGAUUAUUCGAAGACACAGUUUCCAGCAAGACAGAGGAAGAGCGCAGGCAAGAGUAUAUUUUCUCGAGCAGAUUCGCAUGCUCACUACUCAAGAAACUGGGGGACUUGUGUUGGGAUAUAUUAUCCCGGCCUAUUACUGUUCAGGAGCCCAAGACUUCACAUAGUACGGAGCCCGUUCAGUAAGGCCCGUUUCGGCCCGUUUUGGCCAUCCGGCCCACUUCGGCCCAGCAGGCCCGCACUUGGCCCAUUAGGGUGGAGAGCACCCUUCCCCAUUUCCCUAUAAAUAUGGGAGUUCCCCUCCUUAUUAAGGAUCCCUCCUCCUUAGCUUAUUCUUCUUCUCUCUCUAGCUAGCUUACAAUACUCCAUUAAUGGGAGCUCAAAUUGUACAAUGUAAUGGUGAGGAGAGUCCUAAUGAGAAUGAGAGGGCUUGGACAUUAGCCUAAAAAGUCCCGUGGUUUUCUCCCUUUCCGGGUUUCCACGUAAAAAUAGUUUAUUCAUACACAUUUAUACAUAUAUUUACUAUAUCGUGUUGGAUUAAACUCAACAAGGCGUAUUGGUAAAAAAAAAAGCCCGGGUGACAAAUUAUUAGUCAAUUUAUUGUGAGUGAUAAACUUUUUAACCCUGACUUUAGAAUUUCUGACAUUUCAUAUUCUAAGUAUUGUGAAAUUGACAUUUUCAGUCUUUUUAUAACUAGCGUGUUUGAUAAUAGCAGUUCUCUGCUAGCUAAUAACCGGUUGAAUCAGCUUAUUGAUAAUAGCGGAUUCCAUUUGCUUUUAUAACUAACCGCUUUCUUUAGCAUUUGAAAUAAAAU